CUUGGUGCUCGAUCGUCGUCUUGUGCCAGAUCCGCCCGUUGACGCGAUGGUCAGUCACCAACCGCUGCGCCUCACCACUUCAUUUCUCUGGGAGAUAAUACGGACAUGUCGCCCGUUUCCUAUUCAAGCUCUCUUUUCGCUCUCCUCUCUUCUUUCCUCUUUCUUCUCUCUCUCGUCGCGUCUUUCUUUCAUUGUAUGCAUCAUCUCGAUGCAUACUUCAUAGCAGUUCGUUCUGGGUGGAAGCCGUCAAUUGAUCAGGAUUCGCAUUCAUUAUGUAUUAUCCACUGAGGCCAUUGGCCCUGGGGGUCUUGAUCCUCCAAGGAGCGGCCACAUUGAGCCACGCGCAUCGCCAGCAUCCUCGAGCAGAGAUUGAUAGGCGCUUUGAUAACGAGACGGAAUCGGAUACAUUGGUCACUACUGCUUCACUCCCAGAUGGCAGCACCGCAUUGCCGGCAUGUACGGAAACUAUCACUUCAGCUAGAGGUGGUCCAGUGCCAAAUGGAGCGGCUACAUGUGAUCAUACAACCAUCGUCGUUGUUGAAGCUUCUACGCCGAAGGCUAUAACACCAAAGGAUAACAACUGCGCAGGAGACAACUGCGCAGGCUCCAACGACGCAUGCAAAUGCUCAGGAUACACCUGCACAGGCUCCAACGACACAUGCAAUUGCGCAGGAGACAACUGCACAGGCUCCAACGACACAUGCAAUUGCGCAGGAUACAACUGCGCAGGAGACAACUGCCCAGGCUCCAACGACACAUGCAAAUGCGCAGGGUACACCUGCGCAAGAUAUAGCUGCCCAGGAGACAACUGCGCAGGCUCCAACGACGCAUGCAAUUGCGCAGGAUACACCUGCGCAGGCUCCAACGACACAUGCGCCUGCCCAGGAUACGCCCGCACAGGCUCCGACGACACAUGCAAAUGGGCAGGAGACAACGACACCAGAUUCAACAACGUCGGAGCACACGGCGAUAACCUCUUCCAGCCCCAAUGCUCCCUCGGCCCCUUCGCCAACAUCUUCUCCAAGUUUCCCCACUCAACCCAAAAUUGAACCAACCGAGCCAACCUGGACUCCAGAAACUCCUACAACAGCAGCCACGUCAAGUUCGAGUUCGUCAUCUACUGCACAGAAGGGUGGAUUAGGCCCCGUCAUUUAUUCCCUGGGAGGAUUCCAACCCCCAUCACCUACGACCUCGGCACCAAGUGCUGGAUCCCCAUCUUCCCCAUCGUCAAGCGGUGGAAGAGAGGGGGAGAGUGGUGGUGCGCCUUCUGAUA